UGUGCAGUAAGAGGUAACCUAACGAGUGGUAGUGGCGCUUUUUCUGUGCUGUGCCUCACGUUUUGGUACUAGAGGCCGAGACUGUCCUGGCAACGGCGACCUCUGCAGCGACGGCUUAGACUUUCGGAGGAGUGGCAGAGCACGGCCUGGAGGAGGGGCUUCUGGUCAGCCCAGCCCUCAUUCUUCAUACCUAAUUGGACUCGGAGACCUUGGCCACUUCUCUUCUGCCUUGCCUUCCACGAGCAGCUGGAAGGUGAACGGGAGAGCGGCUGAAUACACUGAACAGGGAGCUUUGCAAGGUUGGGAACUUCAAUCGGUUUUGUUAAUGAGUCUGUCAUAAUGAAUGGAUCCAGUGUGGCAAAUACAUCACCUAGUGUAAAAUCGAAAGAGGACCAAGGGUUAAAUGGGCAUGAUGAGAAGGAAAACCCAUUUGCAGAGUACAUGUGGAUGGAAAAUGAGGAGGAUUUCAACAGACAGGUUGAGGAGGAGCUGCAGGAGCAAGACUUUUUGGACCGCUGCUUCCAGGAGAUGCUGGAUGAAGAAGACCAAGACUGGUUUAUUCCGUCACGAGACCUGCCUCAGGCCAUGGGACAGCUGCAACAGCAGUUGAAUGGACUGUCUAUCAGUGAUGGGCAUGAUUCUGAAGAUAUUUUGAGCAAAAGUAACCUGAACCCAGAUGCCAAGGAGUUUAUUCCAGGAGUGAAGUACUGAGCCUACAGAAAGCUUUGAGGAGGACUUGUCUGUCCCCAUCUGGGGAUAUGAUGCACAACAAGGCGGAGCCGAAGAGGGGGGUGGGGUGGGCGAGGGGUACACAGCAGGGAAGGGAAAUGGUGGUUUAAUGAUACUGUGACUCUGAGUAGUGUGCUCAGUCUUACUCUACAAGCCUCUGAGUAUUUCUCUUUUGUUCUGCUGACUUUUGUUUGAAGCAGUUUCCUUUUUUGUUUUGUUUUUUAAUUAGCUCUAGUUAAGGAAACUGCAUUUUUCCCCCUUCUUUAGGAAUGUUCUGCUGUGUGUGUUUAAACAAAAUAAGCUGACCAAGAAAAACUGGGUGUUUAAGAAAUGCCCUUCUCACCCUGCUGUAUACUUAAGGGGCAGUGAACACCUGGAGAGCUACUUGUGGAGUAUGUUAAGUGAUGGGAAAAGGGAUGAGCAGAAGCAGCAAGGGGUACAACCAGACCAUGAGUCUCCACUCCCCUGACCCUUGGGGUUUCCUGUCAUGGACUGGGAUUGCCAAUGGCCUGCCAAGCCCAUGUCUCCCUGCCCUGAACCCAUUCGAGAAAACACAGACUUAAUGUACUUGAUUUACAGUAACUCUUUUUAUGGUUGAUGAAAAGUUAUAAUCCGAAUGGGAGGGCUAUGAUGAUGAUUGUCACUUGAGUCAUUUAGUUACUGUUGUCCCAUCUUAACCUCUGUUUACAGCUACCAUCAGAUUCACCAUUUACAAGUAAUAGCACUAGGGUUGAUUUGCCACCUCCUCCCUCAUGGUGUUAAUUCCCCUGUCUCCUUUCCACCCCACCCUACUCUGUUUUUCAGAAAAGAUAUUGUUACCAAAGGCAUGUGAGGGGACUUCUGUGCUGGCCAUCAGCAGAAGCUAGAGAAGUCGUCCUUUUGAAUCCUGUUAGUUGUGUCUUAAUUUGGACAAUUUAUUUCUUUUCCAGCCCCCAUCAACACUUGGUCCUCCUGGUAUCUUUAUCAGACAAGCAUAUGCAAUUUUUCAAGGAAAUAUAUUUUUCAGGCCACUAGCAAGAAGCUCAAUUCGGUUUGGAUGCUUGUCGCCAUCUUAACAGAAUUGUGGAAAGGAACUCAAAAACAACCCAGGAGAGUGAGUCCUGCUUGACCCAUGUGACUGUUACCUGACCUUCCAGGAUAUUUUCCGUUAUAAAAUAUUACUGUUCCUACAUACACGGCUUUGUGAGUUUCCUAGGUUGUUGGCCUCUCUGGGUAUGUCCCUUUUGUCUUUCUUGCUUAUAACUCACUGGGGUCUUUUGCUGAUACUUCUAAGGAACUAAAGUGGGCACCAAGAGUUACCUUUGUGUGCAGAGAUGUAGGUGGCAGCAUAGUGUGUAAAAGAGAGUGCAUCCAGUCCUGGCCAUUGUCCCAGGACAAGGACCUGUGGAGGCCUGAGCAUGACAGUGGCUUCUGUCUGACUGCUGCUGUGCUGUGUAAUAGGCCUAUAAGGAAAAGAUCGUGUAACUUGAAAUAAAGUCAGUGUAAAUUCAGUAUGUGAAUGUGGGACAGAGGUUGGAAGGAAAGGACUAGUAUCUAGAAAGCUGAAGAAAUUCUUUUUCUUAUGAGUUUCCUUGUUGACUUUUGAAUGGCCACAGACUAAUGUCAAUGCCAGAUUUAAAAUACAAAUUCACAUCUUUUUCCUCACUUGAUUCUGUAGGAUGGCAUCAUUUGAGAAGUGGCCUUCCUUGUUAGGUCAUGUGUCAUAGGAGAGUAGCUUAGGGAACUUGUAUUGGCCAGACAUACAUGUUAAUUCCCAAAGCCUCUACCUCAAGAGAAUGAAAUUGUUAACUCUUUUUCAGAGAGGGCUAUGAAUAAAGAAACUUCUUCAUUCCAGGUUCAGCUUUUACCUGGGAUUGUCGCCUCUGAUAAAGAGAGGGCAUUGGAAAUGCUUGAGUAGAGGAAAUCUCUCUCUUCCGAGGCUGCUUGUCCUUCAGUCUCCAUUAGCCUGUUUUGGAAAUGUGUUAGGAUUGCAGAAAGAAACGGGCUCAUCUUUCCUUCUGCUGUGCUGGUCCAUCUCAGAUGUCAGUCUUCAGCAUGGUUUCACAAGGCUUAUUUGGUCAGGACUAAGAAAACUUCCUGCCAGUAGAGCAUGGAAGCUGAGGGCUGGAGGUUCCAGUCCUAUUCAGAGUGUGCUGACUCCAGGUUCAGGAAGCAGCUAGCAAGGUGACUCCUUUUAUACUAUGUAAGACUUGUGCAUCCAGUUCCUUUCGUAGCCCAACUCUUUUGCCGUCUAUUUUAUGUUGUGAGGUGGGAGCACAGUUAUCAGCCACAUCACAGGCUCAGCUAUAGUUAGAGUUUGCCACUUUCUCAGCAAAAAAUGCCUGUGGGUCUCGUUGGAGCUUCACUGGGGAAAGGCUGGAAGCCUCUGUCUGUCUCAGACUUUCCUUAUAGGAGAAAUUCUGGGUGCAAGCCAGGCUGGACACCUUUACCCUUUAAUGGUGAGGUUUGUAUUUAUAAGUGAUAAUUUUGAUGUUGAAUUUCAGCCACUACUCUGUUCUAACUUUUUUUAUUGGCAACUGGAAGUUUGAGAAUUUGUAUAGAAAUGAAACACGUAUUUUUAACAGUUGCCAGUCUGGCUGGUCCCAGUGUUUAUUAGUGAUUGAUUUCUGAUUAUUGUGACUAUUCUGAUUAUUUAUUUGGCUCUAAACCUCCAAGAUGAAAAUAAUUUUCUCUCUUUCUCUUCAAGGAAAAACAAAUACAAAAGAAUGCCUUUUCAGUUUCUCCAGGCCUUUGAACUGCAGCAGAAAAUUCAAGGAUACAGUCUAGGCCUGUGCACAGGCAGCUCUGGGUCUUUGGGCCAGUUUCUGACUACAGGAGUUGACUUGGGAAUCACAUAAGGUCAAACCAGAAGAGAUCGUAAAGGAAAGGCUGGACCUUUGUAGCCUCAUUAGUUUCCAAAGUCCUAGCAGCUGGGGUCUCUUUAAUUAAGGUUGUAGUGCUAACCAUGUCUUAAAAACAAAUGUUUUUAGUGGAACACUAAGCAGCAUUUUCCAAAUUGUUUAUUGUUAUAAUGGCAAAGUUUUGGCUGAUUUUGGAGAUGCUGGUAAGUAAGGAAGUCAGGUGACUACUCUGGCAGUUAACACAUGUUAGAGAGAAAAGUUGUGUGAAGAGAUAGCCAAAGAAAACAGCCUGAAUGAAUCUUCUUGCAUUAGGACUGCUGCAAACCCCAUGCAGUCUACCCUGCUGUGACUGGAGGGGCAGGCCUUCUUCAGUAAGGGUCCCACCAUUACAGGCUAAUAAUCUUUCUGCAUUUAGUUGAUAUUGAGAUAUGGGAACCAGUAGAGACCUGACAAAUCUGUCCAAGAUUUGGAGAUGUCCACCUACUGACUAUCCCCGGCCACUCUUCUCUGGGAUAAUGUAAACAUCAUUAGUUUGGGAAGUGGGUGAAGAAAACAGGAUUGAUCCUGAUUUGGUGUAUAGGGGAUCUUGAGCUCCUACCUCUGCCCACAGUUGCCCAUGUGAAUCAUUUCACUGCUCAUUGCCCAUUGGGAUCAUUAGUUCUGCUGGUCUCGCCACUGUAUAGUACCCUGAGUACCUUCUGCCACCACCGUUCUGCUGCCUUGUGAAUUUCAUCCCUGGACUUGGUUAAUCAGAACUUGGAAAGGGUUUUUUGUUUUUGUUUUUUCCUUUGUUUUAAUCUUCUUCUGUAUUGAAGCUGCUAUUGGUGACAGGGACAGGGGAGCGGGAAGCCAACCCAAGGAAACAUGCAAGUUUCCUGUGUACUACUUGGCCUUCUGCCCUCACUGCACAACCCCUGCUGCUGUUCCCAGUCUGGUUUUUAGGGGGGUCGUGGGAAUAGGACAGCUGGAUACACUGAUCUCUACAGGGUGUCAGCCAAGAGAUUCACAUUGACUGUUUCCAGGAGACAAGAGAGAAAUGUGUAAAGGGACAGGUACACUAUAUUUUAAAAGAAAAAGGCCCUUCAGAUUUUGUUACGUCAAGUUUCAUCUGUGACAUUUGCUGAGCUUUCUUCUCCAAUCCUACCUUCUUACUAGCUACCUUUUACUUAAAAAUAAUAAACAUUCUAGGCUACUUAAUACUAUAAAAAAUAGAUAAUAGUAAAAAUUUUGAAAUAUUUUACUAAUUUACAGUUGUUAAAAUGUAUGUACUAUAAAAUAGUAAAAUAUUUCACUCUGUAAAUCAACACUAAGUAAUAAUCCUGUCCUGUUGAUUGUGAGCCUUCAAAAAUAUUUAAUGCUUGAAGGGUGGUUUUAGAGGCAGGGGAGUCCUUUUUUAAAAAAACAACUUUAAUGAGGCAUAUUUUAACAUACCAUAAAAUUCAUUUCAGGUGUACAAUUCAGUGAUUUUAGUAACUUUCUUUAGUGGUGCAGACAUAACCAUUACUGAGUUUUAGGACAUUUUCAUCCCUUCCAGUAAGAUCCUUCAUAUUUGUUAUUACAGUCAAUCCCUGUUGCCACUCCCAGCUCUAGGCAACCACUAAUCUAGUAUUAUUUUCUGUCUCUAUAAAUCUGCCUUUCCUGGACAUUUUGUAUCAGUGGAAUCAUACAACAUGUGGUCUCUUGCAUCUGGCUCUUUUCACUUAGCACAAUAUUUUUGAGGUUCAUCCAUGACAUGUAAUAUGUUUUGGUAAUUCCUUUUAUUGCUGAGUAGUAUUUCAUUGAUAGAUAACCACAUUUUGUCAGCAGAGACCCUUUUAAACUUGGAUUUCAAUUUCUUGUGGUCUAAAUGGAACCCUCGAACAUAGGACUUGUAGGGGAAGCUGCUGUGCAUGUCAAAAGAACUACUUAUCAGAACCUGCUUUGUCAUCCCAAGCUCCACAUAAGGAGCCUGAACUGCUGCAGAAUUUUUUAAAUAAUUUUGCAACUUCUUUUUUAUAAGGAACUUUUGUGCUACUACAUGUCAGGAUUUUUAACACACCUGAUAAAUCCAUUUAAUGAGUAUGAGCAUGUGUUUGAGUGGACAAGAAAGUGAAACCAUCGAUUCUGUAUUGGGUAUUGUUUCCUCCCUCAGACUGGACAGGGGAAAUCUCUGAACUUCUGAAUAGAGUAUUAUGUCUCCAUUUACAGAGCUAAACAUGUAUUAAAGAUUGUGCUGCCUUUGUUGUAUAGAUUUGAGGGAGGGGGACCCACAGCAAAGGCAGAGAAGGGAGAGGUAGUGGAGCUUCUGGAACAAGAAGCCCAGAGGGCCUGUGUAUGGCUGCCCAGCGGUGGGAGUGGAUGGUGAAGUGCCGACGGCACCUCCAACAGGCUCAGAAAGUCUGGACUUUUGACCCUUAUCCCUGUUUCACAAGUGUUUAAAAGCUGUUUUUGCUUUUGGUUUUCUCCUAAAUAAUCAUUACAUGGUAGGUAGUUAUUAAUCCUUCUUUGGGGGAGGGACAAGGCUUUAAAAGUGAAGAAAAUAAUUUUCAUAAAAAUAUCAAAAAUGGAAAAAAGUUACUUUGUAAAAAAUUUGCUAUACAAACUAAAUGGCAGCUGUUGAAAAUCUCAAUAAAAUGAAAAUAAAAUGCA